GCUGUCUCCAUGAUGGCACGGAGGGAGCAGUCUCAAUUUGACGAUGCUCUGGAGGACGUGGAGAGUGAUCUGCUGAAUCCAAAGACCCAUUCCUCAUCAGGACCAACCCCGUACAUCCAGCGCAAUGGCCACCUGUCAUCCAGGAGAGAGAUGGAAGAACCAGAGCACGACGGCACCAACGGAGAGCUGCCAGAGUCAGAUACAGCCGAAGAGGAGGUCCAAGAGGAGAGGACAGAGGAUGAAUGGAGUAGCCGCCAUGAGGAUGCAGAUGAAGCAAGGAUAGAGCGUAAGAAACCCCUUGCCCCUGAGGAGGAUGGGCAGGAUGAGUAUGGGGACACCUUUUUCAUCGAUCAAGGCGACACCAGUAUACAGGGCAUGGGAUAUGGGUCAUCGUAUCAGUACUCAGAAGGAGACGAUGGUACAAGGGAAGGAACAGAGGAUAGCGGGCAGGGACAGAUCAGAGAUGAUCUGACUGAAAGCGAUAAGGACAAAGACUACCUUGAUGAUGUGACCCCGGAGAACAGGGGUGUCGUUUAUGAUUGCGAUGAUCAGUAUGAAGAUAGCGGUGUGGUGGACGAUAAUGGUAUGAUGGAUGGUGAAGGUGGCAUGCAGGGGUAUGAAGCAGAAGAAGACAAUGCUGAAGGUGAAGAUAGAUUUGAGGAGGUGGACAUCAGGUAUGGUUACAUGGACGGUGGCUACGUGACAGAGAGACAGACCUAUUCAGAGAGUCACCAAUAUGUAGAAAAUAAUCCUGCUUACAAUGGGAGUGAACAGGACUAUGAAGUUGAUCAAGAAUUUAGGGAAAAGGGUGCAUCUUUUCAAGAAUACACAGAGUCUGACUUGCCGGACCAUAUUUCUGCCUCAGGUGAUAAGUCCAUUGAGGAAUCGAGGGAGGAUGAGAAGUACGAACAUGAAGAAAAUAGUAAGGAACAUAUUGAUCAAUUCAGUGAUUCUGAAAAGUUAAGACUUGGUGAACAUUCCCCAAUGACAAGUGAUUAUGUCAUUGUUGAUAGGGAUACUCUUGCUCCAGAGGAAAACUUGAGAUAUGCAGCCAGUGAUUCUGCAGAAGCCGAUCAGGAAGAGCAGCAACUCAUCCAACAGGAAGACUAUGAUCAUGGGAAUACAGGUUUAGAUGAUAAAAAAUCAGAGUUUAUGACACUUGAUAUGUUACAGGACAGACUGAGGAACCAAAGGGGUGAGUCAAAACUUCAUCCCUUAAGGUUUGAUGAUCGAGGGGAGGCAAGGGAUUCUGGCAUGACAGUGCCCAGUAGCCAAGAUAGGUUGAAAACUGAUCAUGAGAAGAGUAUAAAGGGACAGGGACAGCUUAGAAAAAGUCCACAGCCAGCUAGUAGUCCUGUCAGAGACACUAAGGAAUCUCGCAAUAAAGUUCCUCGUAGACCUGCUCCAGGGGCAGCCCAGAGUGUACAGAGGAUCCCUGCAGCAGUGCCAAGCAGUAACGUAGUCCUUCAGAGUCCAAGGGACAUUGCUCCUGUGCCUCACCAUAAGGCCCCAUCACCGGGCAGGCAUGGAGUUGAAAAUGAAAGAGGUACUACAGGCAAAGGGGAAACCACCUCUCAAAGAAGCUCUCGUCCAACGGCAAAGGCUCCUAGGGAAGGAGGAGGCAUGCAGGAGAGCAGGGUUAAGACAGACAGUUCCAAAAGGAUAACAGGUGGUGAGAAGCAAAGGAGCAUGCCUCUCCCUGGUGGUGCCCAACCAGUAUCAGUACUCAAGUCACGCUUAAGGGAAGAAUUAAGAGAAAUGUAUGAAAUUGAAAAGAAUCUAGCUUCCACUUCGAUACAGCCAGAAAUGGACAGAACUCAUAAUAUCAAUCCAAAGAAAACAGGCAGAGGAAUGGAAAGCCAAAGAGAUGGCUCAUUGUCCAACAGGCACAAUGCAGAAUAUGCAUCUGUCUCUUCUUUAAGCUCAUCUGGAUCUGCAAAACAGACUAGUCCAACGCACAGAAUGAAGCACAGUCAAGAACCUCUUUCGACCAGGGAAAUGUCAAGAAGUUCCAGUUCUUCUCCUGAGAAGAUGAGAUCAUCAAGACCUGGCCAAAGAGAACAACCCAGGAAUAACUCAAAUGCUAACCAUCUUGACCUUGAUGCUGUGGUAAGAAGGUCAAGACCAACCUCCAGACAACAUGAUCCAAGUAAGAGAUAUUCCUAUGAAAUUGAAGAGAAAUCAGAUGCUACAUCUGGAGAGGUUGUGUUUGACGACAUUGCAGAGUGUGGAGCCUACUUAGAUGAGAAAGACUCCAAACCAAGUCCAAUCAAGAUAAAGAACAGGCAAGGAAAGAGUCCUUCUGAUGAUGUUGAUGAAUUUGGAGCACGUAGGAGAAGAAAUAGCUAUGAACUUGCAAAUCGUAGUUCCAGUGAAGAUGAGGAAAAUGAAGCGGAGGUGAACCAGAAGACAAACAACAAAGAUGAGCUAGGUUUAUUAGGGUCCCAAGGUGGUAAUCUAUUAGGGAGUGGGCCAAGAGGACCAGGUAUGAAUAGCAGUCUCCUGUCCCAGCUUGCUGAGAGGGAGUUAGCUAACUUGAGAAAUUCAUACAAGAAACCUCAAGAAGAGCCGCAAGAGGGGCCCCAGGAAUCACAGUCUACAGCAUCUGACACCUCCAGUACAUCAUCUUCCACCCAUCAUGAAAGUAAACCACCCCUUCCCAAACUAAGCCCCAUGGAAUAUGAUGCUGUCGGAUUUCGUCUGGCAGGUCACGCCGGUAUUGGUGAGAGUACCCUCAACUUGAGUGCCACCCAAACCCAACAGUCCCAUGUCGAGGCAGACCAGUUUUCAGAUGCAGAGGAGGAUGGCAGUGAGCCUGUAUACCAGCAACAAAGGCCAAAUACCACAAUCACACCAAGUCAUUCCUAUGAGCAAGAUUAUUCCUCACCAAUGUACAGGAAAAGACCUCUUGAAGACUACUACCAGAAGACCUCUCCUGUCUCACCUGAGCAGUAUGGCCAGCAGCAGCCUGAUGCUACACCUACAGAACAAGUAGAUGUUGAUGCUGCCAUGAAAGAAAUACACAGCACACUCAGCAAAUCAAAGUUAAUGAAGGCACCAUCAUUCUACACUCCGGAGGAGAUACCAGUUUGGAUAAGGCAACCAGAUGCUGCUAGGAGAUAUGAAGAGGAUCAGAAGAAAUCAAGAGUCCUUGAAGACAGGAGAAGACGGAACGAGGAGAUGCGUCGCAGUCAUGUCCAACAACGGCAGGAAUACAUGAAGCGUCGUGAUCCGCAGUGCUAUGUCAGGAAUGAGGAAGAAGAGGAUGGAGAAGACGAAGACAAAGGACUCAUGUCGGAACCUGAUCAGAAAAUGGUGGCGCCAGACUACACAAACAGGCAGCGACCCAAAGAACCAGAGACUAUGCGGGCUCCUGAUUUACCUCCCACAACCGGUAAAAUAAGAGAAGGUAAGUUACUGAUUAUUGAUAAUGUCAGUUCUACUCAAAUGAGGCUUUCAUGAAAAGAAUAAACUUCAAUAAUAAUUGGGCAUUUGAUUUUUUUUUCUUCGAAUUCAGUUUGCUUGAAAGUAUAACCUUUGAUUUUAUUUAUAUGUGACAUGCAUGUGUUUGUAUGCUUGAGUUCAGUUCCACAGAUUUUAACAUCCCAUUCUUUAAAUUAAUGGUAUAGAUAUUAUUUCAUUACCUCCAUAUAAAUUUGUUUUUAUAUUUUUCAACAAAAAAGUAAUUGUUUUUGUUUUUGAAGUUUGCAUAAGAGUAACAAAAUAACCACAGGUUUUCACUGUUUUAUCCGCAACACGUUGAUAACACUGACCCGUUAUUUUGUGUUUACAGAGUACUGAUGUGAUGACAAUUAAUUGUUUUAGAAAACUUGUUCUGAUGGAUCGUGAUAAAAAUCACCACAGUUUACAUUUGGUGGGAAUUACCAUGGGGACUGGAAAUGCGACUGCAGGAAUAUCCUCUUACCCCUAUUCCAAACUGAUCUGGUUCCAAACCGAUAUUAACCAGGGACCCGUAACACAAAGCUUAGCAAUCAUCAUAGAACGUUUUUUAUAUGAUUGAUGACAUUGACUGCAAUGUACAAUUAAUUGUAAAAAUCAAGGGUAGGAUCGAUCGCUAACCUUUGUGUAACAGGACACAGGUCAAUUUAUACUGAUUUCAGUUGGACUAAUGAGUCAUUCAUUUGGCCAUACUUUGGGCCACAACGAACCGAUUCACGUCAAAUUCGGUGUGUGGAUGUAUUUCAUCAAGCACAACCAACAAAUUAUCCUGAAAAUACUGAAAUGCUAUACAUAAAAAAUGGUGAUGUCAUUCUUACAAACUCUAUAUGUCCAAGGGCAUUAUUUGGAAUAAAACUGUGUGCAUUAAUUGGUAAUCCCAUGCAAAUGCAAAUCAUGGAUGUUAUGAGAUAAUUCACUGGUUAUUGCUAAAUACAGUCAUAUUGAUUUUAAUUGUGAAUUUGAAAGGAGACAGAAAAAACCCUUUAAAUAUGCAAUGUGAAUUUUGUCCUAGGAAUUGUUUUCAUUUUUGUUAUAUAUUUGACAUCUCUCGUGUCGUUAUUGGCAUUUUCUUAACUUCACACAUUCCUUCUUUUGCAGUUUGCAUAUUUUUUUAUACAUAUCCUACCACUUAACCAAACUGAAACUUUGGUCAAUUUGAAAUUUUAAAUCACAAUUAUCAUUAAUCAGUACAAUUUACACACAGUCAGUCACCCAUAUUUUGGCUGUAGAAAUAAAAUGUUUUGCUUUAAGAAUAUCUGAAACAAUUGAAAACAAUUUAUGUCUCAAAUGAUUGAAAAAAGAGCUAUCCAGCUCACUAAAACAUGUUAAAUAUCAUAUACAUGACCUGUUAAUUUUAGAAAUGGAUAUAUGACAAUUAUCUUUAUGAAAAAGUCCUUUUUGCCUUUAUGUUAAGUAUUAAAAUUUAUGCUAAUAUUGCAGUGUUUGUAGUAUUGCCCCCCUGAAUAGCACCGCAUCGUGCAUUCCAAAAGUCACAAUUCUAUUGAUAUAGUCACACAACAUUUUUUAAUACCCCACCUUUGAUAACCUUACAAACCUAACCUUUACCUCUUGUCCAAAAUUCCUAAAUGCAAUUUCCUUUAAACAAUAACGCAAUUCACCCAAUUAUGUUAGAAAUAGAAACUGCAUGCGUAAAUUACAGCUUUUAGAAAUUUCAUCUGAGCAUGAAUACAAGUUCUACACUAUUAAAAUUCUCCACUACUUGUUUGUGUUAAUACAACUAAGAACUGGAUUACAGGGUUUUGGUAAAUAUAUUGAUAAUGAACUUUUUCAUCACAUAAAAAGGAAUUUCCAUUAGUUUGAUAUUUUAUUUACCGUUAUCUAAUUUUAUGGAACAAACAGUAAUUAAUCACAAAAGUAGACUGAAUUAAUAAAAGAUUUGUUUGAGUAAUCAUCUUAUGGGAGAAACAUUAUGUUUACAAAUUACAGAUAAAAGCUGAUGUCACUGACUAUAUGGUAGGCUGCAAGAUUAUGUGUACAGCUUUUGUCUAUAGAGGGAGCUAUGACAUUUCCAAAACAAAGCCAUCUCUUAUCAUUUGACAAUUUCAUUCUCUCUUUAAUGGCAUUUACUGUACACAAUACUGCAUGACGAAAUGAUGACAUGUGAUCUGCAGUGAAUGCUUGCAUGUAAUAUGGAAAGAUGCAUAUAAUGACUCACGUUACACAACCUUACCCAAACAAAACCAUUGAGAAUCAAGUUAAUUCUAUUUUAUUGAAGGUAAAAUAUAUCUGACAAACCAAUUCUUACUGCUGGUUAACUAUUAAAAUAAGAAAGAUGAUUAUGCCCAUGAUAU